GUUUACCAGCUGAAAAAAACAAAAUUAUAAUUUAUUUAUAAUGUCGAAUGGUGGCCUUUGCAAAUUGUGCCAGGAUAAUUUGGCGAUAAAUGUCGGAUUCAAGGUUGGGUCCAUGGUUGAGUCGGCCAGCCGGAAACUGCUACAAAGUCUCUUUAAGAGCUAUCAAAUUCAUGUCUCCAUUCUGGAACAAAAAUCAAGUAUUUGCAAAAAGUGCUACGAGUCGAUUUUAAAAAUGAGCAAAACCCUCGAGAAAUGGAGCAAGGCCCAGGAAGUUUUGAAGGCUAACCCCUUGGACAUAGACGACUCCAAGGUAUUUGAAGUUGAUUCCCAGGAAGAACAGUCCGAUGAUGACAUGUCCAUAAAGGAGGAAGGACGUGCCACCGAUGAUAUAGGAUUUCUCGAAGACGUAGUACCUCAUGCAUUUAACAUGGUUGAAGGAAUCUUCAAUUCGCAGAACACUCAGGAUCUUACAGCAUCCACCAAGAAGAGCCGAAUAACUGAAAUAAACAUACUUGGAGAGAUACAAAAAUCUGUUGAAAGGAUGAAUUCAGAGAUGACAUCUCUAAGGAGCGAAGUGGCGACCAUAAAAUCGAAAGUUUGUGGGGAUAUCUUCAAGUCCAAAAUCAUUAUGCCGCCUGAACCCUUCGCUACCAUGGACGAGUUUCAAAGCUUUGAAUCGACACUUAAGGACAACAAUAUAUUUACAACAUUUGUGAACGACUUGUCUUUGUGCUCGGGAAAGUCUUUUGAAAAAUUUAUAAGGACUUGUUGGCGCGAAAUGGUGUCCGACGAAGUGGCUCGUCAAUGCUCGUGGCGUGGAACAGAGUCGAAAUUGUGUGUACGAGGGCUGCUAGUUACGGCGGCAGUUAGAGCCGCCUUUAAGCAAAGAUUUGCUUUAGACGAUGCAGACUUCGAUCGGAUAACGCAAAAGUAUUUCCAGUAUGCGAAUGAUAGGGUUACAAAAUUAACGAAUAAAAAAAUUAAAACUUAAUUUUCAUCUCAGUAAAAAUUAAUUAUAAUAUUAGUAAUAAGUUUGUUCUAUUAUUGAAAUAAAUAUAUAUAAGUUCUUAUGAAAUAGAAGAUCAGAUCAAA